AUGACGCAGUCCAUGAAUCGAGUGGAGAUUCAGUUAGCGCGGCGCAGACGCCACUCUUCACAACCUAGCCGGGAUAUUAAGGCUCGCGGACACGCUCUAGGCGGACACUCGGACGUCCGUCGCAAGCUCGCCUGCGACCCCUCGAGAGGACCACCGUCUCAAUUCUUUGAUACUGAUUCUUUGGCACCUAACAUUAGUCGCGAUGACACGGUCAUUAUGGCCCCUAUAAAUACUCAGUGCAAACGUGCCUUCGAUGAUCCAGAAGCGGGACUACAAAGGCGGCAAAGAAUACGCAACCGUCCAGUACUUAGGAAGUUGUUACGUGAACACAUUGAGAACUAG